ACCCUCUGCCGUCAUACGACAAGGUUGAGCAAGAAGCGCGUGAUGGAACCCAUUACUAUAACUGACUGAGAGACUGAUUUGUCUCUCUCCAGCCCACACAUGUCAACAGACACAGAGAGUCGACGGCGGAGAUCAACCAUCGACAGUCAAGAUUCUCCAUGGGACCAAGAUCACCGGGGGGGGCACCUCCACGGGCCAAUGUGUGAUCGGCUGUGUGUGGCCAGCCUGCACUCCGAGCUGAGGGAUGCCUGCACCCCCUCGCUUUCCCCCUCCCUCCUCCCCGGACCAGGUGUCUACACGCCAAAAUGUCCGUCCCCACACACACGACUCAGCGCCCAUGCCUCUGAGGAUGUAUGGGAGGACACCACCAACAAGACCACUAUCAGAGCAGAGAACGAAGUGGAGGCCAACAAACUAGCCAACAACUACAGGUUUGGAUUUAGGAAGUGGAAGAGUCAUGUGACGGAGCGUCCCUUUGAGGACAGGUCGGAUGUGGUCAAGGAGCUCUAUUCAGAGCUUAACGUCAUCAAACCACACACAGGUCAUCUGAUCACCUGUGGAAAUGUGGUGUAUGUGUUGUUGUUUGGCUGGUGGGUGUCUCUGGCCUACCUCCUGGUCAGCAUACUGAUGUUCAUCACCAUCAUUGGAGUACCAUAUGGGAAGAUGUGCUGGAAGUUGUCUUGGUAUUUCUUAUGGCCAUUUGGGAAGUCCAUACAGGAGUUGGGAGGAGGUGUAGAGAGGUGCUGUGGUAGGUUCCCCCACUGUGAGGCCAUCCCAGAGGAUGUGGAGGACAAUGAGGACACUUCUCCCAUCCUCCUGCCAUCACCCACUGAAGAGCCCAUCCCAGACCUGCUACAGGGGCCACCGCAGCACAAGCCCUACUGGCACCGUGUGAGCACGUAUGUGUGGCUGCUGUUGGGUUAUCCUUUGCUGGCUGUGGUUCACUCCCUGGCCUGCCUGAUCUCCUGGCUGCUGGUGUUCACCAUUCCCGUGGCCAAGAUGAAUGCCCGGACCCUGGCCUCCAUCCUCCUCAUGCCCCCUGAGAACCUCUCGGUCUCCACCUGCUCAAAGAGGAAGCCUCAGGGUUGUGAGACUCGAGCGCUGCUGUGCUCCUACCACGCAGUCAACUGGUAUUACUACAAAUACACUGUGGAUGGGAUCAAUGUGUUUGCUGUCAACCUCCUUCCCCUGGUGAUAGUGUCCCUGGUGAUUGGCUAUGUAGAUAAAGGAAACCAGUUUGCCAGCUCUGAGGUCAAGUUUGCCACAGCAGUCGGCUCCAUCAUUCCUCUGUCCUACUACAUCGGCAUGGGCAUCGCCAGUAUCUCUGCCCAGAGCAACUUUGCGGUGGGGGCGGUGGUGAAUGCGACCUUUGGCUCCAUCACAGAGAUGACCUUCUAUAUCACGGCCCUGCUGAGGGGUCACCGCGCUGGUAAUGCCUGUCUGCAGGAGAUAGUUAAAUCUGCCCUCACCGGCACACUGCUGGGCUGCAUCCUCUUCAUCCCUGGGAUCUGUAUGAUCAUAGGAGGGCUGAGACACAGGGAGCAGAGGUUUAACAGUCGUUCAGCUGGGGUCAGUUCUGCCUUGCUCUUCAUCUCUGUGGGAGGUGUGUUUGCCCCCACGCUGUUCUCUAAGGCGUAUGGGAACCUGGUGUGUGACAACUGCACCAAUUCCACAGGGGACAACACCACCAGCGGGUCCUUCGCCUGCCGCAACUGUCACUACGACCUGAGUGAGAACAACUACACCUUGUUCCACAGCCACAUCCAGCCACUGGUGUACACGGUCUCCUUCCUUCUGCCUGUUGCUUACAUCAUUGGUUUAAUCUUCACACUGAAGACACACUCACACAUCUACGACAUUCACGUUGGCGAGGGACAUGUGACCGGCCACCAUGGUGCAGUUGUCCACUGGUCUCGGUGGAGAGCUCUGGCCAUCCUCAUCAUAGCCACUCUACUGAUGUCAGCCUGUGCUGAUGUCACCACUGAACACAUCCAGCCCAUACUGAGUCAGCCCAAUAUCUCACAGUACUUCAUAGGAGUAACCGUGCUGGCCAUGGUACCUGAGAUCCCGGAGAUUGUCAACGGGAUCCAGUUUGCCCUUCAGAACAACAUCAGUCUGAGCCUGGAGGUGGGCAGCUGCAUCGCUGUACAGGUCUGCAUGCUCCAGAUCCCCCUGCUUGUUUUAUUCAACGCCUUCUACGAUGUGGGCUUUGUGCUAAUAUUCUGUGACCUGCAUCUGUGGGCCAGCAUCUUCAGCGUGGUCCUCGUCAACUACAUCUUCAUGGAUGGCAAAUCGGACUACUUCCAAGGCACUGCUCUGGUGGUGGUCUACCUCAUCCUCCUGGCAUCCUACUUCUUCGCUCCAUCGCCAGCUGGCUGCUGAGGGACUAAUCUGAGCAUCAUCUCGUUACCUUUUAUGUCAGACUAAGUUGCAUUCAAUAUGUUUUGUGUUUUUUUUACUUAGUUAAGUUAUUUAUGGAAUUGAAUAUUGUGUGCAGACUGCUAGAGAACAUCUAGAAAUUUCUCUGGACUGCGGUUCAAAAACAAUUCUAACAGUUGGUGAAACAUUUCAGUGUUGAACACUGUAGUGUCCGCACAGUCUCACAACUCCAGCUAACAACAUAUAUACUGUAAUCCUCCUGUUCCACGCUACAUUUAGUCACUCAUCUGUUUCUGUCAAAUCAGAAUCUACAUAUUUUCUUAGAACCACUUCUCUGAAUUUACUGAUUUUACACACCAACCAAACCUUAGUACCGUACUACUUUGCUCUUUAAUAUUAUUGCUUUUAUAACCAUCACUGAGAAUGUUCAAUAGAAGCUAUGCAAACUGGAGGACAACAUUCAACUGUCAAAGAGCAAUGAUUAGUCGGUGUAGGGUUUGGUAAACUUUACACUGGACCUCUCUCCCUGUCUUAGGUUUGUUUUUAUUUUUGUACUUGUUUGAAAACCCCUAGGGUGUUUUCAGCCACCUCUGUAAAGAAGGUAUUUUUGUACAUUUAAAAUGUGUUUAGAAGAUGUCAAACUUAUUUUGUCAAUGCUAAAAGUAUUUUAAUGCAAAGGAAUAAAUACAUUUAAUAGCCAAAUGUGUGGGUGUUUAACGAGCCACGGUUGAUUUGACGAUAAAUCAUUCUGAAAGACUUUAAGGAUUUGAAAAUGUCAAAGGGCCUAUCCAGACUUCCAGAUCACUAUGGUUAAUGGAACCUUUUUGAAACGUCAGCCACUUCACUUGUCAAAAGUCUGUCAUCCACCCGACCCAAGCAUGACAAUUAUCAAAGUUGGACUUUUUCCUGCAUUACAAAAUGUAUUUUUUACAAUCAGAUUAAUAAAGCACUUUUGUGGGGAAAAGUCAAUCGGAGUGGCUAGGCCUGGCCAUGGGUUGCGCCCCUGCCCAGUUAUGUUCGAUCCAUAGAUUAGGGCCUAAUGAUUUUUAUUUCAAUUCACUUGUUUCCUUAUGAACUCAGUUUGUGUACAUUUUUCAGAACACUUUAAAUCUAGACAGAAAUACUUAAUUUCAUCAGCUGUCCGGGUAGUUGGUCUCAGACAAUCCUGCUGGGGAAGAAGACAGAUGUGGAAGUCCUGGGCUGGCGUGGUUACACAUGGACAGAAGUUGUGAGGUCGGUCGAACAUACAGCCAAAUUCUCAACCUGUGAGGCGGCUUAUGGUAGAGAAAUGAACAUUCAAUUCAGUCAACAGCUCUGGUGGACAUUUCUACAGUCAGCCUGCCAACUGCACGCUCCCUCAACUUGAGACAUCUGAGCAUUGUUUUGUGACAAAAUUGCACAUUUCAGAGUGGCCUUUGUAAAGGUGCACCUGUGUAAUGAUCAUGAAAUCAGCUUCUUGAUACGCCACAUGUCAAGUGGGUGGAGUAUUUUGUCAAAGGAGAAAUGCUCACUAACAGGGAUGUAAACAAAUGUGUGCACAACAUUUGAGAGAAACACUUUUUGUGCCUAUGGGACAUUUCUGGGAUCUUUUAUUUCAGCUCAUGAAACAUGGGACCAACACUUUACAUGUUGCAUUUAUAUUUUUGUUCAGUAUAAUAAAGUCAAAACAAGUUGUGUUUGAAAGGGAGUCAGUUAAAUACAUAGUACCUGGAUUUUCAGGCCAAAUAAUACACCGGUCAAACAACGUUUUUAAAAAGUGCUUACAGUACAUUUAUUGAUUCAAACAAUUAAAUAAAAAAACCUAAAUGGAGUCAUGACAGCAUCAUGAUUGCCUUUAAUUGUGCAGAGUCGGGUUGUUUGUCCAUCCACAUUCAGUACAGCGUGUGUAAAGUGACUACAUUCACAGGUUGACAUGGAGUUCCAAAAUCUAUUCCAUAGAUUACCAACAAAACAAUAGACCACUGGGUGCAGUGUCUCAUUCAGAAGCCCACAGUUUCCCAAAAAUUAGAGUUAUAGCAAAGGAACAUUUCCCAGUCCAAAAUCAACCCUUAGGCACUAUCCCUUGAUACUUCUCAUGAUCCUAAAAGAUGUGAGUGGGUGUAAGAAACAUGUCAGAAGCCAACGCUAGUCUUCCAGAUCUACAAGUAGUAGCCAGGGGGCAAGAGGAUUGGCAUUGAUUUCAGACUGAGCACCUGUGUUCUGUGCAGAAACUAUAGUAUAAAAAAGGAGGACCAGAGGUGACAUGUGAGUUACAUGCUAUCAGUCUAACUGACAGGGAAAAUGUGUGGGAUAUUAGAGAUUAAACCCAACAUUGUUGAAAAGUUAAAAAGGCAGAGUCGUGAUUUCAUUGGUUUUUCCACCAGAUACAUCUCCAGUUUGGUUUAAUGUUAAAAUGACCUGAAGACACUGGUGCACAUCUUUAAAAGCAAAAAUAGGAUAAAUGCAGAAGGGGGUAGCUGCAGCCCAAUAUGACGCCCGGAGUAUGGGUGAGUGGGCGCGUGGAAAGGAUAGUAGCGCUCUGCUAUUAGGUUACACCAGAGUUUCCUGGGGACCCCAAGAGGUGCACAUUGUGGUUUUUGCCGCAGCGCUACACAGCUGAUUCAAAUAAAUCAACAAAUGAUGAUUUGGUUAUUUGAGUCAGCCGUGUAGUGCUGGAGCAAUACAAGACCGGGUGCACUAGUCAUUCGCACUGGCUUAAACUGACAGGCAAAACAGUCGAGUGGCAACAAAUCUGCCCAAUUAGCUGAUUCACUUUCCAUACACCCACUCCUUUCGACACACCCACACUCCAGUCACCAUAUUGGGCUGCACCAUACCAAAUGAGUCUAUACAUAGUCUGUCCAACCAAAUUCACAAGUUAAGGGUUCACUAUGCGUGAUCGACAUUCAGAAACCCAAAUAAAAAUAACUAAUGGACAGAAUGGUUUGACCAAAGGUCAGUAAACAGAAUAAGUGGAAGGAGGACAACAUUAAAAGAUGAGCCAGUCAAUGGCUCAUAUUAGUAAAGCAUGGGGGAACAGACUGGUGGAGGGCUAUAUGGACAUUUCCAUAUUGUCAGUGACUAGGAGUAAAGUUAAAAGCCAUGCUUCAGGAACACAUGCGUGGUAAAAGGAGAGAACUCUACACAACCAAUACAGUUGUCACACUGGAAAAAAUGAUCUGAAAAGGCACUAAAUGAAAUAAAUGGCGAGCACUUUUCACUUUGGAGCUACAGUACAGUUUCACACCGCUCCCCGCUGUGUGUGUGAUCAGUGUGUCUAAGAAGUUGUAAGACUCAGGUUCUAGAGAAUCACAGUGCUGUCACAGGGGGUUCACAUAGUCACACUGACUCAAGAGGUGAAGUAUACCGAACAAGAUUUGCCCUGUCUGUCCUAAAUCAAUGCCUUGCCCCACCAUCCUUCUAGAUGAGACCAAUUCAUACAUAGCAGCAGCUGUUUCUUUACCAGUGGGCUUCCUUACAGAAAACAAGACACCAUGUCUAUCAGCAUCAUGUACCUGGUCUGUCUCCCACAGGAACCUAUACAUCACAGUAUCAAAAGAGACAAAUUAAAAUGUCCCUUUCGGCAUUAAGGAAAUAAACCACUGAGUUUAAAGUUUCCGCUAUUCCCUUUUGAACAGCAUGUGUGUGGUGGGUAGUGGGAGGAAUAAUGAGUAGAGUUAAGGGCUCUCCAUAGUGGUUUUCAGUCUACGGAGCUACGUUUGCGUCACGUUCAAAAAAUUCAGCAGCACAAAAAAAAGAAUACGUAAUACUACGUAGAGAGCUAAGCAAACUAACCUCCAUCGGCUACGUUACAGAUCUUUUGCCUAGACUGUAGAGCCCUUUGAAACAAUACUCACGAUAACGGGUAUGAUUAGUGUGGUCAGCUGCAUGCAAACACAUAAAAGGGUGAAAUAAGUAGCAUUCAGUGAACUCCCAAGUUCUACUAAAACUCCUCUCCUAGUUGCUCGCCUAGUUAAGCCAUGGCUAAUGGAAUAUGAA